AUGUGGCCCAUUGUCUGGCAACACGUCAAGGAGCCCUGCCUCGGCCGCAACCCGUUGGAAAAUUUCUCAAUUUUGACAACCAACAACCUCGUUUGGAAGAUUUGGUGGUUCCGGGUCAACAAGAAGAAAUCACCACCGUGGUGGCCACUUUGGCCAAGGCAUAUGCCCAACGAUUGGUGGCGGCUGCCAAGGUCGUCAAACAACAACAACAACAAUCUGCAGAAGAGACGAGCAAAAGUGGGGAGACAACUUCUACUGCGAGUAGCAAUAGCAACAACAACAAAGAAAACCGCCAUUCAACCAGAACAUGUCUUGCAAGCCUUUUAUGCCCGUCGGCAGCAAGGACAAGAUCCAGGUUUCUUCUUGCAAGCCAACGAGUGUAUCAACAUUGCCACACAACCCAUGGACAACAACAAUGCGGGCAAGGAACAAAUGAAACUGGUGGCGGCAUUGGCCGCACAGGAAGAGUGUGAUAAAACUUUUAAAGAAUACAAGGAGGCUUACGAGAAGAGAAAACUUGACGAGAGCAAGAGAAAAGCUGAUAACGAGAGCAAUAAGGAAAAGGCAAAUAACGAUACCGAAAUGAAGGAGGAAAAGAUGAAUACAGAGAUGAAAGAGUCUGACGAAGAGAAACCGGCAACGACUACAACUGAAGUAAAAGCCCCUGCCGCAGAAGAAGCCACAACAAAUAAUGCAACAACAAAACCUGAAGAUACCACAAAGACAACAACAACAAAACCUGAAGAUAGUGACAGUGGAGACGACGAUGAGAUUGAUCUAGAAAUGGACGAAGAUUGA